GGUUCACCAGGGUCUGGGCUCAUCCAGAAGGACCAGGGAGCACAGGUCCCCAUGUUCUCCUUUUCCUUGACCCCACAGGCUCCUCUUGAUUUCCAUCAUUCAGAGGUCCCAGGUGCCUGUGCAAUGGCAGCAGCCAGGUUCCUGUCACCAUCAGCAGGACCCCAGGUGAGCUGUCCUCAAAGGCCUGUGCAGCCACUCAUGUCCCUGAGGACCCACUCCCAGGGCACCAAUGUACGCUGCCUUCCCUGAACUCUGUGGCCCCUCCCGCUUCUGUCACCUCCCCCCACGCAGUUUCCCCUUCUGUCCCAGGGCGUCCCCCACUGCUGUGUCCUGGGGUGUCUCCCUGGAAACCUGUGUUGCUUGCAUCCACUCAGUCCUGUUAUGGAGACUUGUCCGACCAGCAACAGCCCUGUCGUUCCAGGCGAAGGUGACCUUCGAGGAUGUGGCCGUGCUCCUCUCCCAGGAGGAGUGGGACCGCCUAGGCCCUGCUCAGCGGGGCCUCUACCGGCACGUGAUGAUGGAGACCUAUGGGAACGUGGUCUCACUGGGACUUCCAGGAUCCAAGCCUAAUGUGAUCUCCCAGCUGGAGCGAGGGGAAGAGCCGUGGGUACCGGAUGAGCAGGGGCCUGAGCAGAGCAGGGAUCUGGGCAGCAGCAGCUCAGAAUGUGAAAACAAAGGAGAGCCCCCAAGCAGAGAUUUGAGUCUGGUACCAUUUGCUGCAGAGGAGACACCGAUGGUUGUGGGGAAAACACAACUGGAGUGGAUCGAUGAAGAGAGCUGUGAACACAGCCAGAGCCACAGUUCAAGGCCAGGCCCUGGAGUUAAGGGGCUGGGCCAGAGCGAACCCAUCACACCCCGUCAGGCCACAUCUGCCGGGGAGAGGCCUUACAAGUGCGUGGAGUGUGGGAAGUGCUUUGGUCGGAGCUCCCACCUCCUCCAGCAUCAGAGAACCCACACUGGAGAGAAGCCCUACGUGUGUGGAGUGUGUGGGAAGGCCUUCAGCCAAAGCUCAGUGCUGAGCAAACACAGGCGGAUCCACACGGGGGAGAAACCCUAUGAGUGUAAUGAGUGUGGGAAGGCCUUUCGCGUGAGCUCAGAUCUUGCUCAGCAUCACAAAAUCCACACGGGAGAGAAGCCCCACGAGUGUGUGGAGUGUGGGAAGGCCUUCACCCAGCUCUCCCACCUCAUCCAGCACCAGCGCAUUCACACGGGGGAACGGCCCUACGUGUGCCCACUGUGUGGAAAGGCUUUCAACCACAGCACUGUCCUGCGGAGCCACCAGCGGGUACACACCGGGGAGAAGCCACACGAGUGCAGCCAGUGUGGCCGGGCCUUCAGUGUGAAGAGGACGCUGCUGCAGCACCAGAGGGCGCACACUGGGGAGAAGCCCUACACCUGCAGCCAGUGUGGCCGGGCCUUCAGCGACCGCUCAGUGCUCAUCCAGCACCACAAUGUGCACAGUGGUGAGAAACCCUAUGAAUGUGGGGCCUGCGGGAAGGCCUUCAGCCACCGCUCCACCUUGAUGAACCACGAGCGCAUCCACACAGAGGAGAAGCCCUAUGGCUGCUACGCUUGCGGGAAGGCCUUCGUGCAGCACUCACACUUGAUCCAGCACCAGCGCGUUCACACAGGGGAGAAGCCCUACGUGUGUGCUGAAUGUGGGCACGCCUUCAGCGCCCGCAGGUCUCUGGUACAGCAUGAGAGGAUCCACACUGGCGAGAGGCCCUUCAGGUGCUCGCAGUGUGGUAAGGCUUUCAGUCUCAAGGCAACCCUGAUUGUGCACUUGCGGACCCACACCGGCGAGCGGCCCUACGAGUGCAGCCGCUGUGGCAAGGCUUUCAGCCAGUACUCAGUGCUUAUCCAGCACCAGCGCAUCCACACUGGCGAGCGGCCCUACGAGUGCGGGGAGUGUGGGCGUGCCUUCAACCAGCAUGGACACCUCAUCCAGCACCAGAAGGUACACCGAAAGGUGUGACCUCAGCUGCCACUGGGUCCAUGUGCAGUUCACAGCAGGCCAGGAAGGGGCCAGCCAGAAGCAGCUUCUGUGGCCUCCACAAGAUGCAAUUGGGAACCCAGUGGACAGCAGCUAUGCAGAGAAGCACUAAGCAUGUUCUGUAGAAAAGCUUCAGAGGAUGCCUGUUUUGGAUUUGAAUAUGCUAUAGCAAAGUCAUAUUGGUGAGAAAUCACAACUUUGGUGUAGACGGCCAGAGUUCAUUCCUUAACAUCAGUUCACUUACAGUAGUGAAAGAAAAGCAUAAGGACUUACAUAACAAAACUCUUAAAUUGCAAAUAGAGGGUUUUUCCCCUUAGAACAUCACAUGCCUUUUCUAUAUAGUUACUCCCGUUAUUUCGUUUAAAAUUAGUGUUGGAUUAUUUUCAGUAUUCUCUUAAAACAUUAAAGUGCUGUAUAUAAAACUACCUGAAAAAAAUGCCAUCAAGCAUCAUGUAAUAUGUUUGUGACUCCUAACUGUGGGAAUUACCUGUUUUUGUAUGAAAAAAGGGAGAACUCCAAAGAUAAAUGAGAAACGAAUUUAGAAACUUUAUCUGGUGCUUUAAGUUUAUUCAGGAUCAGAGUGGAUGUCCUAACUUAAGUGACGAGUUUUUCUUCAAAACUUGCCCUGAUGGCCUGUGGGCUCUGUGCCAGAGGCCCUGUCGCUGUCAUACUGAGUGGGUGCUUCAACUUGCGGUUACUUCAGAGUUACCAAAAGACAGUUCUUUGGCAUAUAUCUUUUUUAGACAAUUCUUCAGCUAUUUUAUUAUUUUUUAUUUCUAUAUUUAAGGGUUUGUUGCAUUUUGUUUUUACUCCUGGUUACAAAGGAAUCUGGUAUUGUCAUACUGUGAUGAAUCUGGUUUAUUCAUAGCUUAAAUUUAACCUUCUCAAAAAUUACUAGAUCUGAUGUAAGGACAGAGUCCUUGUAACUGAGUUUGUAUCAGAGCCAUUUCUAGUAGCAAAUACAAGCUCCCGGCUGCUUCAGAUUAUCCUAAACAUGCUAAUUAUCUGAUGAGGAGUUUUUUUGUGUUUUUGUUUUUCCGAAACUAUCAGCUGCUCUGGAAAGACCAAGCACUAAGGUGUUGCGCCUUAGCCCACACCAGUACGCUGUGAGCAGACAUGGGGCAGAGGCUCUUGGCUGACAUGGUACUUGAGAGGCCACUAACAUCUUGAUGCAGGAAAAUCCCAAUGGCGGGUGUCACCAGGCGUUGGGUAUCACUUGAGGUGGUCAGCUGAUGCUGCUGCAGAGUGGGUGAUGGCACCUAUUAGGUGACUUCACUAGGGUGUUGCUCUAUGGAACCCAUUUCACAUGUGUUGCUUCAAAAAUGACGCAGCUCUCACAUCAUGUUUUGGAGCGGCUGGGACUGCCACUGGUUGAAGAGGCUGGAACCCAAGGUGAUGCCAGUGUUACUUCAGAGGAGCUGAAGUCACAGAACUAACAUGAUGAAACCUGGCAGUGAGGUGUUGCCUCAAGUUCCCCAGCGUCAGAAGCUGCCAGCCCUCCUGGACCAAGGUGCACAGCUCAUCUGAUUGGCUGCUGCUGCUGUGCACACAUCACCACUGAGGGCAAUGUCCAGCCACAUGGGCGAGUCGUGCAGAGUGGAGGGUAAGCGAGUUUACUUACACUCGCCUUGCAGGAUACAUGCUGGGAAAGGCUUUCUGAGUUCAUCAUUAUGCAGAUGGUGAGUUCACCAAAUAACCUGAGAUACUGGAAGAAAUCUUUCCAAGGCAUAGGUUCAUGCCUCCUCAGUGAGGCAUAUUUAACAUUACUCUGCCUUUUCUUGCUACCAGCCUGUUGUUUGACCCUUUGUGAGCUUACAGAUGGUGGGAAGUGAGCUGUCACCCUUACCUGGGGAGGGGCCCAGGCUCUGUGUUGUUGCCACUCACCUGCUGGAACUAAUGAGACACACUGCCUCUUUCAGAAGUGGCACUGAGAUAAACUUUUCGGCCAUCUUUCUGCCUCUGACUUGGCAAGACUCCAUGCUAAUGGGUAGGUGUUUGUUUUAAUUCGGAAGUCUGCAUAUCCUAAAUAAAACUUAUAUUUCUCCUUACCACUGCGAGAAAUUUGACAGUUCUCUAAAUUUUAUGUGGAAAACCUUUUAGUCCACCUGCAGUUUUAUUUGUGUAUAAUGUGUAAUUAAACAUUUUCUCAAUAAAAAGAAAAUAUUGUGGAUGAAGGGAGAUCAUUGCAAAUGAUC